AUGUCGUCGUCAUCCCGAUACACGGCGGUGUCGGGCGACGACACCCACGGCUCCUCUCGCCCGUCUCGACGACGCGAUGUGGGCAUCGUGCACCACUUUUCCCGCGCCGGCGUCACAGGAUCUACCUUGUUCGUCCUCGGCUGUCUCCUCCUCUCGCUCCUACCGGGACAGUACAUCCCCGCGUCACCUCUUCACACAUCGACAACAACGCGGGGUCUCAGCCCGGAUCGCCGCCACGACCGCACCAUGGACGAUGCGACGUGUCGGCUCGAGUUCCCGCUCCUCUAUCCGCAGCUGUCGGACAACGUCGCGGCCUGGCGCGCAAAGGGCGGUAUCUCGCACGCCGACCUGGACGAGGCAGCACGCACCUGCGUCGGCAACUGGGGCAUGGCUCGUGUGGUCAUCCGUGACGGCCAGCUGUUCCUCAAGCAGGUGCGCGAGGGAGGCGAAUCCCGCAUCUCCGCAUUGCUCCAUUUGCUCCAUACAGCCGUGAGCAGCGAUCCCACCUCGAACCUCGAGGACGACACGGGGGUGGAAGUGGUGCUCUCCGAAGCGGAUAAGGAUGCCUCCUCCAGCGAUGCCGUGUGGGUGCUUAGCAAAAAGGUGUCCGAACCAAAGGCGAAGGGAACAUGGUUGUUGCCAGACUUUGGAUUUGCCGGCUGGCCCGAGGCGGGGAUUGCUAGCUUUGACGAGUUUUUACAUCUUGCCUCCCUGCAAGACGUGCUCGUACCGUGGGCGCAGAAGGGCGAUCGGAUUCUCUGGCGUGGUCUAGCGAACGGGUAUACACCACGGAUGGAUUUGCUCGCCCAGACGCGCACCGCUGAUGCGGACAGCUGGGCCGACGUCAAACAAACAAGCUUUCACGACGUCGGUGCAGACUUCCACCCGCUCAUCCCCAUGCACGAGCACUGCCGCCACAAAUACCUCGUCCAAACCGAAGGAAACAGCUAUUCGGGUCGAGGCAAGUUUCUCUGGGCCUGCCGGAGUGUGACCGUUGCCCACGAGUUGGAGUGGACGCAGCACUUUCAUCCUGCUUUGGACGCCAAUCCUCUCAGCAAAGGGCAAAACAUGGUCCAGCUCCCCGGGAAAUUGUUUGCCGGGUUGAGAGAGACAACGUUGCGACUGCAGGCGAACGCCAACGUGAGCGCAGACCAGACGUUGGGGCGGGAGAACUGGGGGGAUGGAUUGGGGAUGAAUCCUCCUCAAAAGAUUGCGGAGAAUGCGGUGGAGGCGUUGCGGAAUCGGUAUCUGACGCCGGCCGCGACGAAUUGCUAUGUGCGGGCGGCGCUGCGGGCGUAUGCGGGGGUGUUGCGGAAGGAGACGUGGCCGAGGGAGAGCGGGGCCGAGGCGUGGGGUGUGAAGGGGGAGGGAAUCACGCCUAGCGGUGGGCCGGGGGGUGGGGUUGCGCCUGGUGGUGGGAAGGGGAAGGAUUUGGCCAAGGUCGGCGUCAAGGGUGAUAUCGAGUAUGGCGUGUGGCGACUUAGUGGCAGUCCGGAUUGGCCGCCCAAGACUAUCUAA